AUGGCCGCUCAGGAGGAUUGCGCUUCAGUGCUGGAGCAGUUCAUUCAUGAUGUUGCCAAUCUCCCGGCCGAAAUCAGCCAUAUGAUGGAGGAGAUCCAGGCUAAGGAUACUGAGAUGCAAAAGUAUCAGGCUACCAUCAACAGCAAGGACGGUAACCUGCAGAAGCAUAUCAAGAUGAACGGCGUUUUGCAGGCACAUCCUAAGGAGUCCGAGUACUAUGAACAGGUCAAGAAAAAUUACGAGCUCAUGGCCACGUUACAGAACCAGAAGGUACAACUAAGCGAGAAGGCAUGUAGCAUUUUGGACAACCAGCUAAAGCGACUUGACACCAAGAUACGAGACUUGGCCGCCGACAACCAGCUGUCUGCAGAUGGCCUUCCCAGCAUAUUCAACCGGAAGCCUGAGAGGGCCUUCAUGGACGUCGCGCAGAAUAUGUUUUUGCAGGCGGCUUCUAUCAGCGCCUUGAACGCCAACGCGCAGCGCAUGAAUGCUCAAGCCUCCGCUGGUAUAACAGUCCAACCGCGCCAGAAUCCCCAAGUCGGUCCUCUGACUGCAGCUCCUCAGAGAUCUUCCGCUCCAGCAACGCCAGGCGCUAUGCAAGCCCAGCGUCAACGAGAGCGAGAGCAGUCUCUGGGCGCUGACAACAAGCGGCGCAAAUUAGGCAACCCAUUGGCCGGUGCGAACCUGCCAGCUCAGCCUUCGAACCUCAGACAGUCGUCUUUGGGUCCCGGCACGCCCAAAGCCGGCACGCCAACCGCAACGAGUGGCAGCCGAGCCGGCAGCGUCCCUCGAACUACUGCAGCUCCUCCACCAGCCGCCGUCAAUCCCAAGAAGUCAGCGCUAUCAAACAAGCCACUGUCGAAUCAACAGCUCAACAAGCUGAAGAAUAAGCACACUAAGCAUGCUCGCUUGUCUUCGGCUGGACGCAAGAAAGCACAGUCACCCACGGUCCGCGGCGGUCGUGCAGGCACAGCCGCUUCAGAAGAAGAGUCGGUCUUGUCCUCAGCCGACGCUUCUGAGACAGACGUCUCGCAGAGCCGAUCCCGCAGAGGCCAGAAGAAGAAACAGCAAACAGUCAAGCAAGAGGUUGACGUGGAUAUGGAUGAGAACGACCCAGGGGACGAGGAUUUGGAUGAAGAGGAUAACAGUCUGUACUGUUAUUGUCAGAAGCAGAGCUACGGAAACAUGGUUGCAUGUGAAAAUGAAGAUUGCAAAUUCCAGUGGUUUCAUGUGGACUGCUUGAAUUUGAAAAAGAUGCCCGCGGAGGAUGAAGAUUGGUACUGUCCAGACUGCCGGAUCAAGCCCGAAGUCAUUGAGCGGAUUAGGAUGAAGCCAUCCUCGAAGCCAGCUGGGCGCAAGUAG